AUGGAGCCACACGGCGAGACGGACCUAGUCAGCUUUGCUUUUAGUGGCCCUACCACGUUUGACCCAUCCAAGCCCAUCUAUCUCGACGCCCAGAAUUCCUCGCGCGCAUUCAAUGCCAUACAAUUCCGACUGCUCGUGCGAUCACUUAUUGCUGGGCUCAAGGCUCGGGCUGUGGAACGAGGCGAUUGUGUCCUAGUGCAGCUGGAGAAUACUGUCAUACACUCUGCUCUUUUCUUCGCCAUUGUCGGCGCCGGAGGGGUCUACAUGGGCUGCGAUGUGGAUAGUCCCGCCCAUGAACUGACUCAUCUGCUUCGUCUCGCCGAGCCUCGGCUGGUGAUCACUGCUCCAGGUGCCUUAUCAAGGGCUCUGGAGGUGUGCAGCCUUCAGGGAAUUUCCCCAGGUCAAGUCCUCCUGGUGGAUGAGCACACCAUCGAUAACAUAGUCCAAUUUGCGCACGGUCCGGCGGAGCAGACGGAGGGACUCAAUAACCAGACAGCUGACCCGUCUAUCCGCCUGGAGAAUCUGCUCGGGCACGGGGAGUCAGACUGGCUUCGUUUCGAAGAUAGUGAACAGAGCAAGAGGACGCCGGCUGCCAUGUUCCUAACCAGCGGCACCAGCGGGCUCCCCAAAGCCGCAAUUCGAACCCACCACACGAUCAUCUCCCACCAUCUGAGCGUCCACUAUCAAGUACCGUACCCCGUCGUCCGCCUGAUGGCACUGCCCAUGUACCAUUCCUUUGGCGACUUCUGGACCAACAUCUUUCCCAUCCGGUACGGCGAGCCCCUGUAUGUCCUUCCGCGCUUCGACAUCUCCGCUUUCCUCGACGCCGUCCGCCAGUACCACAUCUCGGAGACAUACAUGGUCCCCGCCAUGGUCCACAUUCUGAACCAGUCCUCCCUGCCGGUAGCCGAGAGCUUGUCCUCCCUGCGCUACGUUGGUAUCUCCGGAGCCCCCAUCGACGGUUAUUCCUUGCAGCGAUUCCAGCGCCUCCUGUCGCCGGACGCUGUAGCGGGAAAUCUCUGGGGCAUGACUGAGGUGGGAGUGGUCUUCCAGAAUCGUUACGGGGUGAUGCCGCAAUUCGGCAGCGUGGGUACUCUGUUGCCGGGAUACGAGCUGCGCUUUGUCGAUCCCGACACGGGCGAAGAUGUCGGCGGGAUGGCAGAUUCUCCUGGAGAGUUGUAUGUCCGCGGGCCGGGACUCCUCUUAGGGUAUAGAGGGCGGGCCGAUGGCAAAGACGAGCAAGGAUGGUUCCGGACGGGAGACAUGGUGUACUCUGUCGCCCCCGCAGAGAUUGAAGGGAUUCUACUGAAAGACCCGAGUGUCAAGGACGCAGCUGUGAUCGGGGUCAUGCUCCCAGACGGCAGCAGCGAGGUCCCCCGAGCGUAUGUGGUCCGCGCCGGCAUAUCUCCCGAGUCGACGGCGGAUCAAUUGGCAGACCUGAUUCAAAACCAGUUGGCCAGCUAUAAAGCCCUGGAUGGAGGUGUAGUCUUUGUGGACGAGAUCCCACGGACGGGGAUCGGCAAGCCCCAUCGAGUGAAGCUCUCACAGCUGGAUCGCCAACGGGAGAAGAUCGCCUCCAUUCUUGAGGUCAGCCUGGAGACUGUUCUGGAGCAAUCCAUGAGGGUCAUGACUGAAUCACACUUUUUCAACGCCGUGGCCGCGUGGGCUGUUGCCUCGGCCUGUCAGAGCCUGCCUGUCACUCGGAACCUUUGGUCUCGCGAUGUCGACUACAAGGCGCUCAGCGAGAAGCUUUCCAGCUCCGCUAAGGUUGACUACCCUGGCUCGGAUGAGAAACUCAACGAAUAUGUGGUUUAG